UAAUAAUUGUUAUUCGUAUAUGUACAGAACAUGGUCUAUAAAUUAGCAUUAUAAUUGGUAUUCAUUCCACAACACACCUCUCUCUCCAAUGGCACAACAAUUAUCGGUUAUCAACCCUUCUUACUGUGUUCCUGACUCUCUCGAUCUACAAAUUAAUACAAAAAAAGGUGCCGCUUACAACAAAAAUGGCGACCUUGUCUUUAAGGUAAUAAAAGAGACUUUGUUAACACUUCACCACCGUCGUGUCUUGUGUGAUGAUAAAGGAAACCCCAUCGUCACUCUAUACAAAAGGAAUAAGACAUUGCACGGGCGGUGCCAAGUUUUCAGGGGUAAAAGCAAUGAUCUCUCUCAAUUGCUCUUUUCAGUGUCAAUGACCCGAAGUGAUAAUAAUAUUAGAUUAGAUGUCUUCCUCGCAAACAACCAAGACGAAAGCAUGUGUGACUUUAGAGUCAUCAUUUCUAGAAAUAAAAGCACGUGCACCAUUUAUUUACGUGAAUCUCCAACAAUUGUUGCCGACAUGUUUAACAAUGGUGGCUUCAAAGUUUGCAUCCGUCCCAACGUGGACCACGCAUUCAUAGUGGCACUAACUAUAAUUGUUAGCAAAAUGGGAAAUUUUAAAAAGCUUAUGAGUAAGUUGACGAAUACUGCAAAUGUGGCGAUGCGAGGUAUCGCAACUGCCGGGGCAAUAGGGGCAAUGGCUUCAGUACUGUGAAACAUCAAUACUUCAAUUUGCUUUACUUCAAUUUGCUUCACGUAUCCAUAUCUAAUACGAUAUAAUUGGAUACUUCACCAAUACGAUAUCAAAUAGUAAAAACUUCUUUAAUUGAAUGGGAAGACAAAUUUAUAUUAAUAGACUUACUUGAAAUGAAAACUAGUUUAGAGGAAUAGUUAGAAUAGAUUUGAGUGAAAAAUGACUUACCGGUUGUUUGAGAUAUAAAUGUUGGAUAUAUGAUUUGGCCUCAAUACUACCAUUUAUGCUUUAUGUAGAAGAUUCUAGACAUAUCUAUUCUAGAGUUUUUUUUAUCUAUAUAUAAUUGUCUAUAUAAUUCUAAAUUUUGUAUCAUCUAGUAAUUACUAACAUAUACUUAUAUUUUUCCUAAAAUAAUUUAAUUUAUUCUAUAAGUUUGUAUUACAUUUUAACAAUUAUGAUAAUCACGAACUUACAUA